AAUUUCGUAUGGGAACUCUGUUUGCGGCGUUGAAAUUUCCAACCCCUUGUUACAUGCAGGAAGCGUGGAGCAUGUAAAAGUACAUUUGCACGUUUAUGGAGGAGUGAACAGAUAUAUAAAAGUGUGCGCGAUUGUGAGCCUCCGGGAUACAGGAAAAGAUGGGGGUGUGCUUGAGGAUGGUGUUGUUUCUGGUCGUUCUUGCUUUGGGUAUUGGUAGCAAUGGAGUCUACGGUGAAUUUUCUUCUUCCGCUUUGAGAAAUAUCAGUGGAAUAAACACGAAGGGUCCGUACUUAGGUAUAAUAGUGCCAAAUUCCUUUGAGAUGAAUCCUCUUAUGCAAUCUGGUAGCUUUGUGGCUGAUCACGACCUUCCUUACCUGGACUUUUCAGGAAGAAGGUUUCGAAUUGGAAGCUUGGAAAGUGAAAGGGUUAUAAUUGUUUUGACAGGGUUGAGCAUGCUAAAUGCGGGUAUAGCUACACAAUUGCUGCUCAGCCUAUUCAAGGUGAAAGGAGUUCUGCACUAUGGGAUAGCAGGAAAUGCAAAUCCUCAGCUUCAAAUUGGAGACGUAACCAUCCCUCAAUUUUGGGCUCAUUCAGGUCUUUGGAAUUGGCAGAGGUAUGGAGAUGGACCUGAGGAUGAGCUAGCUUUAGAAUCCAAUGGAGAUUACACCAGAAAAAUUGGUUAUCUUAGGUUUUCCGAUUACAACAAUAGCACAAAAUGCAACACGUCUUCGGAGAACCUCCUCAACAAUGUGUGGUAUCAGCCUGAAGAAAUAUUUCCAGUGAAUGGAAUUCCGGAGCAGAGGCAACAUGCCUUUUGGGUUCCAGUCAACAAGCAUUACUUUGCCUUAGCGGAAGGAGUUCUGGCUUUGAAGCUUGGUAGAUGUUUCAAUGCAACUUGCUUACCAAGAACUCCAGUGGUGGUGAGAGUACAAAGAGGGAUCAGCUCAAAUAUCUUUGUCGACAAUAGCGCUUAUCGAGAAUUCUUGAAUUCCAAGUUCAAUGCAACUCCAAUCGACAUGGAGACUGCUGCAGUUGCUCUGGUCUGUCACCAACAAAAGAUGCCUUUUAUUGCAUUUAGAUCCUUGUCUGAUUUAGCUGGUGGAGGUUCGGCCGUGUCAAAUGAGGCUGCUGUGUUUUCCGCUUUGGCAGCUCAAAAUGCAGUUGAUGUUCUGCUUAAAUUCAUUUCUUUAUUAUCUUCAUAAGUAUGAAAGCAAUUUUCUUUUAAGGCAUCUCUUUGAUUUUUAAAGUUCUAAUUUGAUUUUUGUUGGCUACUACAUUAAUAUAAGUUCCAAUUUCGUUCUGAACAGUGGGUCUUAUUUGUAUUUGAGAACAUUAUUCAAAAAGGUGGUUUAUCAUAUUUUCAA